AUGGCCUCUCCACUGCAAAGAUCUACCAAUAUCCCUUUGUUACACUUCCGCUCCGUCUUCACUCAGAUUUUCCUCAUCUCGGCUACCGCGUUCUGCACCGUUGGCUCUUUCAAUGCUCUCCAGGGCUUGGGGGGAGCUGGCCAGGAGACACCAUACGUCGCGAAUGCCGCGACCGCCAUCAACUUUGGCCUGCUGGGGGUCGUCUGCAUCCUUGCUGGGCCCGUCGUCAACCUACUCGACAUUCGCUGGUCGCUUUUCCUCGGCACUUGCGGUGAUCCCAUCUUCGGCGCCGCCGUCUACUGCAACACACGCUACGGCAUACAGUGGUUUUUGAUCUUUGCCGCCGUUGUGCGUGGUGCAUGCAGCGGACUGUUCUGGGCGGCCGAAGGAUCAGUCAUCAUUGCCUACCCUCGCGAUCAGCAUCGAGGGAAAAGCAUCACCUUAUGGGUCUUUGCGAAAGAGCUUGGAUCGGUUGCCUCGUCUGCAAUCAAUCUUGGACUGUCGGCUCGGGACGACAAACCCGGUCAUGUGGGAUACCCAGUCUACUAUGCAACCAUCACAAUCAUAUGCUGUGGCAUACCGCUUGCGUUGCUCAUGUCACCGACCCACAAGGUCCGUCACCGCGACGGCACGAAACUUGACGCCAGCAAUGCGGGCAAAUAUGGACUGGAAUACCGCCGGCUCGGAAAUUUACUGCGCAAGAAAGAAGUGCUACUUCUUGUCCCGUACGCCUGGUUUGCUUACUUUUACUACUCCUUCUCGCACACAUUUGUCGCCAAGCGUUUCACAGUACGUGCACGAGCUCUUACCUCGCUGCUCACAUCUUUGGCAUCCAUACUUGGCUCAGCCAUCAUUGCAGUCUUGUCCGACUCACGCUUGUCAUCCAAAGCACCACUCGCCCUCCUCACCACCCUGGUCUUGUCACUCUGCGGCGGGGGUUGGAUCUACUUUGCCUACAUUGCCAUCACAUCCGAUUCGAAGCACAAGCUGGACUGGGCCGGUCCUGGAUACGCAAAGCAAGCCAUGGCAGUGGCGAUCAUCUUCAUGGUCAUGCAAGCAGCUCAAACUUACCUCUACUGGUCAGCUGCGACGUUCAGCACAUCAGUGCGGGAUCGAUUUCACAUGGCAGGCGUGGUCAGAGGAGUGGAGUCACUCGGGCAGUGCGUUGCUUACGGCGUUAAUUCGUCCAGCACGAAGCCGACCAUCAGCGUAGGACUGAAUUUAGGUUUCUAUGUUCUGGCCACCGCCUUCACCCUAGGAUCACUCAUCGCGCAGAUGUAG